UAUUUCUUCAGUGAUUUUUAUUCAGUUCACCAAGUCGUACAUGCUUAAAGUGAGUGGUUUAAAACAAUGCUCUUGUGACUUUCAAUUGUAUUGAAAAUGUGCAUCAGCUAGAAAGUCGUUGAAAUACCCAUUUAAAACUAGAAAGUUGAUUAAAUUCUACCGUAACGAUGGGCAACGUGAAGUCUAAGAAGUCUCAAAAAGAGAUGGAUAAAUUUUUCGAGAGGGAAAGGCACAAAGAACUGAAAAGAGAAGAGAAAAAACGGAUAAAAGCGAAUCCAUUGAAUAAGAGAAUCGGAAAGGUGGAAGGCCCGGUAAAGCCGGCGGCACUGUCCUCCCCGGGCACGGCUGCCGCGGUUGCAGCCACGCCCGCGUUGCGCUCCUACGACGAUGAGGCGCUGGAUCUCAUGCGGUAUCAGCUACAUUACGACUCUGAUGCAUUUUUAUUGAAUAAUAUUCUUCUUUCGAUACAAUUCUUUAACAAUUAUGAAAGUGAAAUGGAUCAUAUCAAAUACAAUACAAUUGGAGAUCGCGAGCACGCCAUCAACGACGCCAUGGUUCAGCAUCACAAACAUGUGUUUUUCGCUGACCGUCUGCAAGAAUUAGUGUAUGAACAUGUACGUUACGAACGCACUCGAGAUAAAAUUGAACCUCUAGUGGCACCCAAACUCUUUAUUAUCUAUGAUAAUGUCGAAGCGAGUGAGCCAGGAGAUACAUCUGACUACAGUGCUGUUUUAGAUGCACCGUUUUACAAAUUAUGUAUCAAAGAUACUAAAGAACCAGGAUAUGUGAAAUUGCAAAAAUUGGAAAUUUUAAAAAGCACUCUUAUGCAAGAGUCAGGAAACGUUAAUGUCCGUAAAAAUGAAUCAGAUGAUAGUGUAUAUACUGAUUCAGAAAAAGAAUCUAUUGAAUCAGAUGAUAUCACAGAAUCAACAAAAGGUUAUGAGUUAUUGGAGAAAAUUAAGAAGAGAUUGGACGAUUCCCACUUCAAAGAUAGUUUUACAAACGACAAUAUCUCCAAAGAUAUUUUUGUUAACACAGAUUCGGAAAUAAUAGGAAGAAGAGGAAGUGGGCCUGUAAAACAAAUGAGUUGGCAAGUGCAAAAGAGUAAUAUUGCACACCUUAAUGACUUUAGGAAUACAAAUCAUGAAUUACUAGAGAAUGCUGGCAAUAGAGAACAAAAUUUGCAUUCAGAAGAACAGAAAGAAGUAUUUAACGAAAAUGAUAAACCAAGAAAAUCUAUUUUGAAAAAUUAUACAAGAAGAUUAAGUGGUCCAACAAAGGAGAUGAAAAACAAAAAUUUUGCUGUUGACAUUAUAUCAGAGGAUACUGAAACAUCAGGUUAUAGAUCCAAUUCAGGUAGUCGCCAAACAGAAUUAAGUGAAUCAGAAUCCGACUAUGGCUACACAACUAUAACACAAUCUACAACACCAAAGAAAGUAGAACUAAGCAUUCGGUCUACAUUUUUAAAUUCAGGGGUUCUCCCUGAGGAAUCUUGGAAAUCAAUAGACGUACGUAUUGACUGGGAUGAAGACGAUGAAAAUGAAUCUCAGUCAAAAAUUAUUCAAACACAGAACUUAUAUGAAACACAAUAUUAUUUAAGUUCCUUAGAAUUCAUGAGAAAUUUUGUAGACAUUUUCAUAACAAACUUGGGUUCCAGUCUAGAAUUAACUCAGGAUGCAAUCAAGAGCGCGCUAACACAAGGGGCUAGCAUUUAUUGUAAUGCUUUGAAAAAUGGACGUAGUAUUGGAUGUGAAAUAUAUCCAGCAAUUGUGGCAGCUUGGCCAAAUUCUGCUAAUCAAUUCAUUAUUAGGGAAAGAAAAAUUAUUCAAAAUCCUAGAACGAAUUUCAGCUAUCAGUGGCCUACUAAGCAAAUGGUUCAUAAAACUAUAGAGUUAGGUUGCUUCCUUAUCCCAGUUGGUUUCAGGCCGAAGCGUGGUCAAAAUCCUGAUCAAGAAUUACAAUGGCGGGUAAUUUUUCCUGCCGCGGAACGUUAUUUAGAAAAGUGUUUGGCACAUUCUCAUGUUCGUUGUUAUUUGUUUGCAUUAACUUUGCAUAAGACAUUCAUGGAAAAUGAGACUUUAAAAAUUGGGAUCGAUGCGAGUCAUUUUAAAAACCACUUAUUUUGGCAGUGUGAAGACAACUUCGCCAAAUGGCCAGAAGAUAGAUUAGGAGAGACUUUGAGAACAUUUCUACAAACAUUUUACGUUCAUUUUGGUCAGAGCAGACUACCAAACUAUUUUAUGAACAGUUGCAAUGAAUUUAAAAGUAUCCCAAAACCGCUUUUGCUCAAGCUUCAAAGAAAAUUAGCAGAUAUUUUAGAAGCACCAGUGACCCACAUUCUUUAUGCUCUCAAUAAGCUAAAAUACCAUAAACGUGAUUUUUAUCCGAAGUUCAAUAUUUUGAGACUAUAUGAAAUUUUAACAUGUAAAAACCCUCUACGAAUCGUUAAUCCGAGUUUACCAAUACCAACACAACAUUAUGAUGAUUCAUCAGAUAGUGAAAAUGAAAAUUCAUUCGAUUUCUGGGAUAAAGCAAAAGCCUUCGAUAAAAAUUACCGUUGGAAGAAAGAAAUGCUUCGUAGAAAAGAAGCUAAGAGAAAGGGAGUAAAUAUUAACAAACAGAAGGCAGCAGUUCCUCGAGAGAAAGAAAUGAAUCCUAGUGUAAAGCUACCGGCAAAAAUGGACGUAGAGCGUCGACGUUUGGUUUUAGAGCUUUUCAUUCCUCAUUUUAUAGCGAUGGCACGUUCAAGUGAAAAAUUCGAAGCUAUUGGACAAGCUAUUAUAUAUCUUGAGCAAGCUCAACGGCUCUGUAUGCUGUUGAUGGAGGAGGCAGUCGGUGACAUCACAGCUAAUGAGUAUUUGGAUGUAAUACGGGAUAAAUUAGCAGAUUGCCAACGAAAGCUAGCGAAGCAAGGUGGCUAUAAAUUGCCACCAAGAACCGAAAGUAACUCGGAGCGCCCUGUGCGUAGAAUAGUCCGCAAAAGUAGACCUCGCUUUGAUAGUAUAGUAAGUAACUCUCCCAUCGAUAAUCCAGGAAUAUCACCGUUUACUUUCGCUGAUAUACAUCUUGAUGAGCCAAAGAAAAACGGGUCGGUAAAGUUGAAUGAAAAAGCUGACGAAGAAGAAGAAUCGAAAUUAUAAUAAAUAGAUUCCCAACAAACAGCCGUGGAAGAUCGAAAAGAUCUAAUUGAAUGAAUAAAAACGGUUAGAUAGUGUUAGGGAUUUAAUUGUACGCUUUCUUAAAAAGGAGAAAAACCAAACAUGAAUCUCGUAUUUAAUACUUUAUUUUAUUAUCUCAUAAUUACAGUAAAUACAUUUAUAAUAUAAAAUCAAGAUAACAUGUAGUAACUAUAAUUAUUAAAAUGUGAAACUUA